GAGGAUAAUCUUAAUCUUCAACAAAUGACCUCCUUUUAUAGGAGAAGUCAUGGGGGACAAACUCCCACACUUCUUGACCAAGAGGGAGCCUCCUUUCGGUGCAUGCAAAUUUUAGUCAAUAUUUGCUUCUAGAAACUUCUGGUGGAUGGGUGGGUGGCUGUAACUCCAAGUUACAUUUCACACUUAGGGGGUUUUCCAACAUAGAGCGAGAGAGAGAGCUACCUUAGCAUUGCAUUGCAUUGCACGUCCACUUGGGUCCAUUCGAUACGUCUCCCUAACUUCGAUUUUCUCUCUUUGCUCUUUACUGGUGCGAGAUCCGGUGGAGAUUUUGCUGAUUUAUCCCGGGUAUUUCAAUUGGAUUCCUUGCAAAUUCAACUGAUCGCAUUGUUUCUAGCACAAAGAUCGCGUCUUUUAGAUCUAGGCUUUCAUCUAAGAAAAAGGCUUGCUUUUUGAUGCAUAGUGCUAUAAGGCAUGCAUACAUCUUGUAGAGGCUGAGGUGGUAUUUUAACUCAUUGUUCACAUUUGGGGAAAGAGAAGUGGGUACCUAUGGAAUCAGAAGGAGAAACUGGGGCAAAAGCCACAAAGAACCUGGGCGGACACGUCUGCCAGAUCUACGGUGAUAAUGUUGGGAAGAGUAUAGAUGGCGAACCAUUCAUUGCCUGUCAUGUUUGCGCUUUCCCUAUCUGCAGGCCUUGCUACGAGUAUGAGAGGAAGGAUGGGAAUCAGUCUUGCCCACAAUGCAAAACCCAAUAUAAGAGGCACAAAGGCAGCCCUGCAAUUCUCGGUGAUAGAGAAGAGGAUGCCGAUACUGAUGAUGGUGCUAGUGACUUCAAUUACACUUCAUAAGACCAAAAUCAAAAGCAGAAGAUUGCAGAGUGCACGUUGAGCUGGCAUAUGACAUAUGGACGUGGAGAGGAUGUUGGGCCCCCCACUUAUGAUAAAGGGGUUUCUCAUAACCACAUUCCUCUGCUCACUAAUGGAAUGGAGGUUUCUGGAGAAUUGUCUGCAGCAUCACGUGAGCGUCUUUCUAUGGCUUCUCCCGGAGUUGGUGGUGGAAAGCGCAUCCAUCCUCUUCCUUUUGACUCGUCUAGGCCUAACUCAGCUCAUGUUAUUGUCAAUGCUUGCAAGCCAACCAUAGCCCGAGAUAUUGGAAAAUGGAAUUUCUGUUGUUUAUAGGUUUUGCUUGCAAGCCCAACUUGUGCUCGCAAGCCCACUGGUUCAGAAAUUUGGUUCUAGCCGUUAUAUUUUUCGCAGGUCUGUUGGGAAGGAAUGGGCCCAAUAGACCCACUAAUGGGCCUACAUUUCUGUGGAUUAAGCUUCGUAAGCUCUAAUGCAUCUAGGACUGUUCCUACUUCCUAGAAACCUUCCGC